UAAUCCGCCAAUUAAUAAAUCUCAACAAAGAAGUCAAAAUACUUCUGAUUAUGUGGUAAAUUGUCUUGACUGCGGUCAAGAAUAUGAAACUGAUAAAAAUAAAAAACCUCAUUCUAAUUGUUGGUAUUGUCAAAGCAAAAAUAUUCAAGAACCAGCACACGGAUCCACCACUAAAUCACCCUCUUUGGUAGUUGCUUCCAACAAU